AUGUUAUCUUGUCGUCGUUUAAUUUUAUCUUAUUCAUAUUUUCCUUCCAAUCGAAUUUCAUCUUUAUUAAUAACACGUUAUAAUUCAUCAUCAAUUGAUAUAUCAAAUAUUCUUCAAGAACAUUCAUUUAAUUUUGAAAAAAAAUCAUCAACAACAAUUGCAUAUGAAACAUUUGUUCAAACACCAUCGGAAUUUGUUGCUAAUAGUCUUUUACAAAUACAUGAUAGUUUAAAUUUACCAUGGUGGGCAACAAUAGCUUUAGCAACAAUUACUUUUCGUGUUAUUGUUGGUGCAUCAAUAACAAUAUCACAACAACGUUUUAUUGAACGUCUUCAAAUUGUUCGACGUACUGUUAAAAAUGAAUUAGAACCACGUGUAAAAAUAUUAAAUAUACAAGCUAUGAAAGGAAAAACAGCAACUGUACUUGAAGAGAAAAAAAAUCUUCAACGAGACGCUCUUCAAUUAACAAAACGAGGUUAUAGUGAACUCAAUGUUCAUCCAGGCAAAUUACUUAUUCUAGCAUUAUUUGGUUCUAUUCCAUGGCUUUAUUUUACAUUUGGUAUUCGUAUGAUCUGCACGUCACCUAUCACUCAUCCUACCAUAUCUCAAGAAGGUAUUUUAUGGUUUCAAAAUUUAGCAGAAGCUGAUCCAUAUGGUAUUUUACCAUUAGGUUUUCUUAUACACAGUCUUAUAGGAAUUAGUUUUAAUGCAGUAGAAAAGCCAGGUUUAAUAAAUCCACGACUUAUAACAGCUGGUCGAAUUCAACGUGGAAUUACUCGGACAGUAGUUAUUGGUUUUACUUUAAUUGCAUUUAAAUUACCUGCUGGUAUUCUUCUGUUUUGGACAUUGAAUAGUAUAUUACAACUUUCUCAAACAAUUAUUUUUGAAUUACCACGAAUACGUAAUAUGUUAGGUCUUCAACCAUCUCGAUUUGGUUCUCAACCUAUUCGACUUCGAUGGACUUUAUGGAAAAAUAAAUGGUCAUUUUUUUUUCGAACACUUAAAUGGUAUUCAAAAUUAUAA